CUCUAUUUCUCUAAUUUCUUAAUUGCACAGAGAGGUUUGACCAAAACACUUACAACUAACUAUCUGCAACCAUUAAUUCCAUUUCUCUUGUAUUUCAAGAUUGACAAAUUCUUCUUGUCCAGGAAGUGGUUUUAAUAUUGUGGCGCUUUAUGUGUUUGCCAGCAGCAGCCUGGGAAAAAAAAAUCAAUGUGCUCCUUACUAUUGCAGUCUGAUCUGAUUUCAAUAUCAUUUGCAGAUUGUUAAUCAGUAGAAUGAACUUGUAUAGAUGUUGAGAGUUUAAAGAGCAAGGGAUCUAUAAUUAUAUCUUGACUUGAAUGAAGUUUUACUAUAGCAGUGGGUGUUUUAUAUAUUUAGCAUAUCUAACUAUAGAAUUGAUGAGUGUUGAGGGCAUCAUGUAUUAUUAAUAAAUUUAGAUACUGGUUUGUAGUUAAAGGGUAAAUUCCUAUCAUAUUUUAGUAGUUAUAGUUUUUUCUAUUAUUAUUAUUAUUAUUGAAAUAAAAAUUCAAAUAAAAAAAGUUUCAUAAAUUUAUAGCUAUCAACAAUAUUCAUGAUAAAAAUUCACUGAGAGAAUAUUCUACUUAUCUUGUUACUACUAGAAUUUUUUUUUUUUCUAAAAGAAGAAAGUGUAAUUUUAUAUUUAUUUUAUGCUUUACUAAGAAAACAGUGAUAGUAAAUAACAUUUAAAACACAAGAAAUUCACAAAAACUAUUGAUGGCCUCUGGGCCAUGGGGGUUCAAAUGGUCACUCGAAGAAGCUUCCCUUGUUCAUUGACUUAAAAAUCUUAACUUUUUCUCCAAUUCAUACUCAAAACACCUCCAUUCAUCUUCAUGGACCUUCACACUUCACCGAUCUAAGUAUCCCAGUUGAGGUUUUUGGGAUAGUGUUUGUAUUUGUGAUAAUGCAGAAUUCUGAUCAGGAGAAGCAAGAUCAGAGGGCAAACUCUAACAUGGAGGAUUCUGAUGCAAUGACCAUCGAGUUUCUUCGGGUACGCCUGCUGUCUGAAAGAUCUGUCUCCAAAAGUGCAAGGCAGCGAGCUGAUGAGCUAGCAAGAAGGGUAGCAGAGCUGGAGGAACAGCUAAGGUUUGUGUCACAUCAAAGAAAGAAGGCUGAGAAAGCAACUGCUGAUGUUCUUGCUAUUUUAGAAAACAGGGGUAUAAGUGACAUUGCUGAGUCAUUUGAUUCAAGCUCUGACCGGGAAGCCCCUUGUGAAUCAGAAGUCCAUAAUAGUACUAGUAAAGAAGGGGAAAACUCAGUCACUCCAAAACUAAGAAGAAAUGAGUGGGAGGAACAUUCAGGUUUGGACAUUGAUUAUUCUCCGGUGCUUCACAGAGGCUUAUCUUGGAAAGGUCGCAAGGAUGCUUUGCAUUCAUCAGAAAAGUACAAGGAUUCUGAUAUGAGAAGACGUAGCAGUUUUAGAUCUGUUGGAUCUUCUUCAAAACAUCGUGUAGGAAAAUCACGUCGCCAGAUAAGAAGUCAGGAAUCAAAAUCUGUGGAUGGGGAGCAUAAAACAGAACCUAUAAAGGUUGAUUCUCAAGAAAAUGGGGCUCCCGCCUCUUUAGAAGAUGUUUCUCUGAAUCAUUCUGAUGGUAGACCUGAGAUAUUGAGAGAAGGUGCUAAAGUUCUGGAAGAGAAAUUUUUACUGGAGGGUUCACAAGGUAGCUUAGAAAAUGUAAAAAAUGUGACCUGUGGUAAUUUUGACGUCAAUGAGCAUGGAGGAGAAACAACUAUGGAGAAGGCACUAGAACAUCAGGCACAGCUGAUUGGAAAAUAUGAAGAAAUGGAAAAGGCUCAAAGAGAAUGGGAAGAGAGGUUUAGAGAAAAUAACAACAGUACACCGGAUUCAUGUGAUCCUGGGAAUCAGUCAGAUGUAACUGAGGAAAGAGAAGAGAUCAAGGCACAAGUUGAAUGUCCUGCUGCCACAACCAAUACUGUCCAAGAGGCUAAGCCAGAAGAUUGUUUCUCUAACAAAUUGGCCGACACUCAUUCUAAUGGAUUUCUUUCUCCUGCACAUGGUGAUGUGCAAUAUUUAGAGCAAAAACUUGGCAGCAUUCAUGCAUCUGAAUCACUGGGUCAGGAUUUUGCAUUUCCUACGGUAAAUGGAAAGCAAAAUCAGGACAGCCUGAAAACCGACCUAUAUCGACCUUCACAGAGCUCCCAUCACCAUCCACAUGGUCUCCCUGGAAACCAUUCAGCAGUGGUUUCUUCAUCAAAUUCAGGCAGUUUGUUCAGUAGAGGAGAAGUUUAUGGGAACCAAAAUGAACUCUAUGCACUAGUGCCACAUGAAAAACCUAAUGGGUUCGAUGAAGUGCUGGAGGCGCUUAAGCAAGCAAAGUUAUCGCUGCAACAGGAAGUCAGUAGAGUGUCGGUAACAGAAAGGAAAUCUCUUGAGAAAACUGAUAAACCUUCUAUCAGAAUGCCAGUAACUGAAAGUAAAUCUCUUGAAAAAGCUAUCCCCCCUUCUGUUCCUGCCAAGGAAGUUUGGGACAAGGGAGAGAUUCCUGUUGGGUUAUCUGGACUUUUCAGAUUACCAACCGAUUAUGCCAUUGAGGAAAGCAGAGCCACCUUGCUGGCUUCUGGUUCUCAGCCAAGUUUGGCAAACUAUUAUCCUAGUGCAGGGCUUGGAGUAACUGUUGGUGACAGAACUCUUACAAAUUCAUUCAUAGAUAGUAGGCCCACUUCUUCUGCUGGUAAUUUUCUGGUAGCUGGUGAUCAUCAGUAUGUCACUAGACCUUUGAUGGAUAGGAGGUCGAUUUACUCAUCAGGGGAUGGAGUUCUUACCAGCCAAUACUCUGAUAUUUCAUCAAGAAUAUCCAUGCAGAAACCAUCUUUUGAUAGUAACUUGGAUCCUGGUCUACCCUCUUUCGGACAAUUUACUCACUCCACCAUUUCCUCCUCCCCUGACCUGAUGCCACGGAGACCAGGUGAUGAAAGAUUUUUAACAUGCCCUCCUAACAUAUCAGUUGGGAUGCCUCCCUCAAAACUGGAUGCGGGUCUAUCCUCCAAUCAAUUUCCUUACCCCUCAUUGCCAUCCUAUCCCAAUCAAAUGCCAAGGAUACCGACUAAUGAAGGAUUUCCCACGGUACGCCCUGUUAGGUCAGUGGGGAUGCCACCUGUUGAUCAUUUAUUUUACAGUGAUCAUACCAGACCACAUAUGUAUAGAUAAUUCUGCGGCUUAAUCUAGGUGCAGAAAUACUACUUUCUAAAUCUUGGCCUUUGAUAGGCCACUCUCUAUAUCAUUCCUUGCAUUAUUUCCCUGUAUUUUGUGUUUGUAAAAUAUUGACGCAACUUAUGUUCUCGUUUCUCUUGUAUUUGUUGUUGUAACCAAUAAGUUUUCUUAAUUACAACUUAAGCAGGCAUCAGUCAUCACA